AUGACUGAACCGGCCACAGAGAAACUCAUUCGUGAGCGAUUGGAGAGAUCCGGGGAAUUAGGAAAGAUGAGGGCUAUGGUUGUAGAUGCCGCUCUUAGGUCUAUUUCACAAGAUUCUACGAUGAUGGCAAAGCUGUUUGCUCCAACCUCCACAUUGAAAGCAGCAAGAGAGGAGAGCGGAGGCAAACAGGCGCUGGCUAUUGUGAUAGAUUACCUGGAGUAUCUGGGUUUGAAUUACACCUUGAAUGUACUCAAACAAGAGGCGAGUUUGACAGAAAAUGCAUUGGAACAAAAAGACGUUGUUUUGCGUGCACUGAACUUGCCUGAUACGAAUAGUCCGAUUCUGACUACGCUUAUUCAGGUGGUAGGCACUGAGGAUAGUGACGCCAAACGAAGGGUUAAAGGAACAGUUGUGGAUUCUACAGAUUCUCUCCUACCAUCUUCAAAGAUUACCGUGGUACCAAAGAAGGUAGAGGGUGGUGAGGACACCACAUACUUUAUAUCUAAGUGGACAGGUCAAACUUUUUAUCGCUGCAGAGGCCAGGUAAGCGGACAACAGGUUCAAUUGGAAUAUCUUACGGAUUGCACCACAUACAUCUUGGAUCCACUGGAUAGUAUUACUGUGGAUGAUUGUGAGGGUGGUGAACUUAUUGUCGCUGCCUGUGAAGGUAGUGUGUUUCUGCGCAAUUGCAAGAACAUGACUGUGUAUGUGGGUUGUAAACAAUUACGUGCACGUGAUUGUGAGCAUAUUGUGCUUCAUUUAUUUGCAUCAACAGAUCCAGUUAUAGAGUCAAGCCAUCAUAUGACAUUCAAACCCUUUAACUUGCGCUUACCGGAACUAAAGAGUUGCUUUAAAUCAGCUCACUUAGAUCCCAAAUUGAAUCGUUUUAUGCAUGUGUAUGACUUUACCGAAGAUGACACUAAACUAAAAAGGCCCCAUUUUACUGUUCUCUACCCGAAUCAUGGACUUCACAUGGUCGAUCGUUGCAAGGAAAAGGGCAAACCUGAGUGCCCACCAGAAAUUGAGGACCUUCUUGAGGGUCGAAUAGCCCCUGCUUCCAGUUCAGAAUCUGGGCGAAACAAGAGUUAUGACAUUAAAACAGGUGCUCAGAAGUGGACAGAGGCGUCCCUAGAUUUAAGCGAUGCGGAGCAGCAGGAGGAGGAGGUUGCCUCCGACGAAGUAAGGAAGCCAGCCGCAAGCUCGCAACUGCCUGUACAGGGAAGAGUUCCGCUAGCAGUUCAGGCAACGAAGCCAACAGUUCCUAUUCAGGCAGCCCCUGUAGCGGAGGCGGUGCGUGGGGUGUUGGAUGAAUCAUAUUCUUCGUUUGAUGAUGACGAUGACGAUGACGACAACGCUGAUGAUGACGCGCUUGAUGUGGAUGAGGAUAGCGAUGACUUUUAG